GGCGCUGAGCCCAGCCGCCCCGGCCCGGCCCGACCCCAUCCCGAGCCGGUCGCAGCAGCCGCCCGCCGUAUGUCGGGGCCCGGGGCACAGAGCCGCAGCCGGCGGCUGCCCGCCGACAUGGAGCAGGCGCAGCGGAGCCUGGAUGCAGAGCAGAUGCAGCAGCAGCAGCUGAAACUACGGGACCGGCAGAAGUUCUUUGAGGAGGUUUUCCAGCAUGACGUGGAUUUCUUCUUCCCUAUGUCUCACCUGCAGAUAGAGCAUCGGAGACCCCCCUUAGGCAGCAUUUCCUCCAUGGAGGUGAACGUGGACAUGCUGGAGCAGAUGGACAUGAUGGACCUGUCAGACCAGGACACCGUGGACGUGUUUCUGGGCUGUGGGACAGAGGAGACCAGCAUUGCUGGGCCCCUGCCAGGGGCAGAUGCCAGCCAGUGCCCAGAGGAAAUCACCCUGCAAGUGCCCAAUGCAGCUGAGAGCAAGUCACGCAUUUCCUCCACGUCCUCUGUCUCCACGGAUCUGAAUAGCCUGGACACCAGCGAGGAGGGGGCUGAGACCCCUGUGGUGCAGUCGGAUGAGGAGGACCUGCAGGAGGACAGUCCCAAAGAGCAGGUGGCAAGAAGCUAGCAGCCAGCUCUGCCCUGCUCCCAGCCUCCUCCGUACGGACCUGCCAGCCCAGAGGAAGAAAAGCCGCUGGCGCUCAGUAAACCCCAUCCUGGACUGCUGCCCUGCAGGAGGGGAGAGAUGGUGUUCCCCUCCUCUCCCUCCGCAGGUUCUCCUGGCAGCCAAAGGAGAAGGAAAGGGGUAUUGUAGGUUCCCAGAAUUAACUCUUCAGGCUUUGCUGCUAACAAUCCCUGCUUCACUCCCCUGAAAUGCUCAGCGUUCCACAGCCCCACCAUUCCCAGAAAGCCAUCCCUUGGGAUCCCAGCUCCCCCUGUCCUACUGACAAAGGUCCUGUCCAGACACGCAUUUAACAAUGGCAUACAGAGAAAUAACACUCCGAUCU